AGUUGUGGACAAAGGUUGGCUGAUUGUUCCUGUCAUGUGACUUGCGAAUCAUUGCGAACAUGUUGCCCAGAUUACAGCGACUUCUGCCUCCGGGUAUCUCCUCAAUCAGGAACCUUAAUGGGAGGAGAAGAUUUUGUCAUCGUUAAUGCAACAUUUAAUGCUCAGGACAAGAUAAUUUGCAAGUUCAAGUCAGAUAUUUGUACCAAUGGUUACGUUGAUGCUGAACAUAGGGCUCACUGUAUCUCACCAUUGCUGUAUGAAAAUGGAAGGAUACAAUUUGAGUUGUCAACAGAUAAUGGAACAACCUUUAAUCGCCGAGGGACAUGGGUGUCAGUACAUCACAGCAAAUUCUCAUCCCUGAAGAAAAGCACCUUGGUGAAUGCCACCAAAUGGCAGUACUACGGCACGCCCAACGUUUCAGGGGAUCUGACUCUGGUUUGGAACACAUCAUUGAUCUCAGCAACCUCUGUAAAUAUUGAAGUCUGGGGAUAUCAAGAAACAGGUACACCAUACUCAGAAUCCUGGGAAGGAAAUUGGACUUACCUCUAUUCACUUGAAAAAGCUGCACCAAACAGCGGGAUUUUCAAAUUCACCCCUCAGCCUGCUAAAAAACCCUAUUCUGAAUGGGAGAUUGGAAUGCUGCGACUAACCACUGAGAAUCAAAGCGAUGGGGCAGUUAAUGUCAAAGCACUAUGGAGUCCAAGCCAUGCCCUAGCUUGGCACCUGGAAGAAAGGUUCAGAGAAGACUCGGCUGCCUGGGCGUACCAGAAAUGCUUGGCCUGGCACAAAACUGAAGAGACACUACCAAACUUCCUGUUGGAGAUUGCAGAUUGCCCUUGCACCCUGGCACAGUCACGGGCAGAUUCAGGGCGAUUUCAUACAGACUAUGGGUGUGACAUUGAGAAGGGGAGUAAAUGUACCUAUCACCCAGGAGCUGCACACUGUGUUCGAGCUAUCCAAGCAAGCCCCAAGUAUGGAGCAGGACAGCAGUGCUGCUAUGACGCCCAAGGCAGACAGAUUCUAACUGGAGACUCUAUUGGAGGCAGCACCCCUGACCGAGGGCAUGACUGGGGCUCCCCACCAUACGAGAAGCCCCCAAGAGUUCCUGGCUUCUCUCACGGACUCUACGACGUGAUGAGCUUCUAUUACUGCUGCCUGUGGUCAGAUAACUGCCAGUAUUACUUUCUACAUCGACCUUCAAGUGACUGCACAACCUACAGGCCUCCAAAAGCCGGCACAACAUUUGGAGAUCCACAUUUCUUUACUUUUGAUGGGGCAAACUUCACCUUCAAUGGGAGGGGCGAGUACACACUGGUAACAGGAGAAAGAAAUGGCACAAAUGGAGUUUUAGAAAUCCAAGGAAGGACAGAACAAGUCAAGAAUAUAAAUGGUGUUUUUGUAUAUUCGGCCACCCCGCAGAAUGUUACUGUCAUGUUUCCGUCUGGAGCUGGUGUGGAAACGCGAGCAAGAGGUGCGCUCUUGAGUAUCACGGUUCUUUUACCAGACACAUUCAUGAACUGGACAGAAGGUCUCUUUGGAGUAAUGAGUAACAGCCCAGAUGACGACUUUACCUUCAGGAAUGGCUCAGUUCUGGCUGCUGAUGCCAGUCCGGAAAUGUUCUACGAACUGGGUACCAGCUGGGCAAUUGAAAACAAAAGUUCUCUCUUCACUUACGACAGCCAGUUCUUACUGGAUAAUUACUUGCAUGCUCCGAAGCAUCACCCGGAUUUCACUCCCGUUUUCUCAGUGACGGUUGACCCUGCGGGUCCAUUGUAUGCUGAAAUGUCAGCACUGUGUCAAGGGAACAGGUUUUGCCAAUUUGAUACGCUUGUAACUGAGGACCUUCAGGUGGGACACGCGACAAUGGUCUCUUACGAGAGUUACAUGAAGUUGGUUGAAAGCCUUGAGCCAGUGAUCUCCUGUGGGUUUCUGGAUGAGCCCAAGAAUGGGGCAAAAAAAGGGGACCUCUACUUGGUUGGAGCAUCUGUGAAUUUCACAUGCAGUCAGGGCCACGUCCUUUCAGGAUCAGCUAGGCGCACGUGCCUGCCAUCUGGGCAGUGGUCCGGACAGCCCACCUUUUGUAUAUCUGAGAACAUUCUGGGCAUCGUGCUAGGAACUUUACUCGCCGUGUUCUCCCUGGUUGUAAUUGGAGUGAUCUUAUUCGUGAACGAAAAGCGUCUGAAAUUGAGAAAAGCCAAAAUGGCUGCCACUUCUCACGAGUAUCAAAACACCAACACGGAGAAAACUGAGAACAUGUGACCCUAGGGAAUGAACCCCAGCCCCAUCCCCACCCUUGGCAUGGACAGCCCCCUCCCUCACCACCCUCUGAUUUGCAGUCAGCCCAGCAAACACUGUCUGGGAGAUGGAUCUCUCUCUCUCGCUUUUUAAUUUCAGAAGCCUUCGGAAAAAGGGAUUACGCACUUUUCAGAACGUGGUGGAUAAUCUUUCAGACAGCUGUGGGCCAACUGUUGACAAAUUAAUUGCGGCUGCAUGCUGGUUACAGGAAUUUAAAUGAUCAUUUUUUUAAAACAUCUAAUGCCUGCAUAUGCUGGGACCGGCCAAAUCGUUCAUUCAGUUCAGCCUGUAACAAUAUCAAUACCAGCCACAGGACUGAUUGCUCAGUGCAAGGCUGGUCUGGUUGACAGGAUUGGGAGUAUCGAUGAGUUUAGAUUUGUCAGCGUACUGAUUACUAUCCUCAGUCUGCUGCGAACUCUGACCUUUCUGUUCCUUCCUCCACUCUCUAUGGUUCAACACCCAUCCUCAGCUCUGGCUUUACUUUGAGGACUGCAGAGAGGAGGGAGCUGAGGGCAGUCCAGUACUUUUGCAGUUGCACAGAGAGAUCCUGAAGUGAUCAGUAGAACCACAUAAAAGUUGUAGCAUGGAAAGAGGCCAUUUGGCCCAUAUGCCUGCACCAUUUGAAUAAACCAGCCCUCCUCCCCCAUUCUAAUCCACUUUUCAGUCCUGGUCCCAGGUAACAGUGCUUCAGGUACAGAUCCACAGUCCUUUUAAAUGGGGUGGGAAUUUCAGCCACAAAUACCAAACUGGUCAGUGAUUUCCAGAUCCCUAUCACUCUCUGGGUGAAAAUGAUUUCCCCCUCUCAUCUUCUAACAAUUACCCCUCAGCUUUCACUGUUCUAAGGAAAACAAUCCUAGCCUCUGCAGUCUUUGCUUAUAGCUUCCAUUCGCAAGUUCUCGCAACAAUUUCUUCUGUACUCUUUCUAAAGCAAUUUUUAAAAAAUGGGAUGAGGGUGUUGCUGGCUAGGUGGCCUUUAUUGCCCAUCC